AUGGACAUAGUAGCAACUCAACCACUAGCGCUUAUAGCGCCUAUAGCGUCCACUGUGCCUGUGGUAUCUCCUGUAAUUACAGCGCCUACAGUGUCUACUGUACCUGUGGUGUCUCCUGUAAUUACAGCGCCUACAGUGUCCACUGUACCUGUAGUAUCCACUGUACCUAAACAGCUUUCACCGGAUAGGCCAGAGGUUCUAAUGCAAGCCUACUUAGCUGAAAAGACAGCUUGGCUAGCUCAGCACCCUACUGUACGACCAACAGAGUACCGUAAGGCCCGGAAAUGGAAGAACCCACGGCCAAAGGUCUUGAAGGAGCAGUCAUUUUAUAUGCCAAAGGAACGGCGUGAUUUUAAUAGUAAUAUUAUUACUACAAAGGCUAAUUGGACUAAUGAAGAGAUCAUAGUAUGGCUAGAUAAUGAGGAAAGGAAAGAGGAGGAGGAGUAUAAUAAGCUACAAGCAGAGUUUGAUGCCAAUGGUGAAAGGCAUACUGAGAAUGGGCGUAGGGAGAUAUGGGCUAGAAUUGAGGAGGAACAUGCUAGAGAUGCUGAGCGAUAUAUACUAUAG